AGGCUCUCCUUCUCCGAGAUUGCAUAAGUUUAGCUUUUGUCAUUUUACUUGUCGCCAAAGUAAAGCAAAAAGAGAUGCCAGGACCGUGGAUUGAACACGGGACCUCCAGAAAACAUCACACUUCAGUCUGUUGCUCUCCCAGCUGAGCUAUCCCGGCUUCGAUCAAGCGCUCUACUCGACGGCUAUAAGUCGACACUACAUCCUAUCUAGGUCAGCUUGGAUCUCACGGUGAAUGGUAGUUGUUACGUGGACAUCUGUUGGCGAACCCUGAUUCCCUGAAGCCAGCUGAACGUUCCCCGAAUCAGCCUCUAGUGCCCGUGGCAAGCGGAAGAACGGGCCCGCUCCGGAUAUAUAAACAUGAUAUUCUCGUAAGGGGAAAUCAUGUGUCUGAAUCGGCAGCCGAUAACUUCUGUCACCGGUUAGAAUCGAAUGCUUCAAUCCCUAUCACGUUCUCUAGCUACAUCAGCUUAUCGGGUAGAUACUCUCCAUCACCUCUCUACCAUGUCGGCUGCUCCUGUGCAAUCAACUCAAUGGAUGAAAUACUUUGGUGAUAUCUAUGGACAUGCAAAACCACCUGUUCUGGGCUCUUUCGCAGUGAAAGAGAUAGAGGACACAGCCCGGGAGGUGAUGAAAGACCAUCUCCCGGCAUACAUGUACACAUUUGGGAGUGCGGGAACGUGCUCGACAGACGCCACAAAUAGGCGCGCGUUCAACCGGUGGAAAAUCGUUCCUGCAAUGCUCAGGGACUGCACUAACCGAAAUGUCGAAACAACGAUCUUUGGACAAAAGUUCCACGCACCUCUUUUCAUCGCACCCAUAGGUGUACAGGGUAUCUUGCAUGCAGACGGUGAACUCGCGACUGCAAGGGCUGCCGCCGCCUGCGGGAUUCCUUAGAGCUAGUUCGGCAACUCGAUAUUUUCGAUAUUUUUCAAUAUUUGCUUUGGCAUGUUUGCGAAAAUGUUCACCGGCAUCGUUCCGAGAUGUCGGAGCUCGAACCUUGCUUCUCUCCUACUGUACAUAUUAUCAAUGGAUGUAUACCCUCAUCUAACCCUAGAGCGGCGUAAGAGGCUUUUUGCUGGUGCGGUCGCGAUCACUGCGAUCUGUGCACAGUACACUACUCUUCUCAUGGCCCAACCUGAAGUCA